CUUAAGAAGUCGCGUCCACCCUGCAUGAAUGGAAAAAGGCACCUUCCCUAAUUGCACGCAUCACAUUCACCUUCGGGUGUGCUCCCCACCUUGCUCCCUAACUGCAGGCCUAAUCGUCUUCAUCACACUUCAUCAUCCUCAUCAUCCUCUUUGACUUCCUCCUAUAUCCUUCGCUGUGUUGCAACACACCUUUGCUCCUCCUCCCCGCCCCCCUCCCCGUCUCCUCCUCCUUCUCUUCCUUCUCCUCUCUCUCUCUCUUCUUCCUUCCUCUCAUCUUUUUUCCACGCGCAUUAUUGUCAUCUAUCAUUUAUCUUCCUAUUCUCUGCUCCUUCUUUCUACUGCCCUUCAUCAUCCCAGUCCUUCGGACCCCCUUCCGUCCCUCCAAUCCUUCCUCGUCAAUCCCUAGCUCCAGCCCGGAUUCAAAUAGAUGGCGAACACGGAGACAAAGCUCGUCCUCUCCCUGAUCGGCAGGAUCAUGUCGAAGCUACCCUAUAACGGCCGACCGCUCGAGAGCAUAGAGAUGGACCCGCUCAUCCACCAGUCGAUUGUCUCAUUGGUCGAGCUGUCCCGGUAUCGCCUCGGUCCCAUCUGUCGCCACCUCGUCAAUCAGCUCGAGAACAUCUCUAAGGUACUGAUUGCUCCUUCCUUACACCCGUCCUCAACAUCAUGCACGUUGCUGUUGCAACGGCCCUGCCUUCGUUUUUUUUGUUUCUUUCUCCCUUUGUUGCGACGUUGUGUCAAUACCUCACCAUGCGGAUGUGGUACACCAAUGGACAUUCUGGCACUGUUCACAGAGUGCCAGUUAAAGUGCCAGUUAAAGUGCCUGGAAGCACCGGGGGAGAGAAAGAGAGGGGAGUGUCUUAUUUAGCACUCUCCAUUAGCUCGCUUAUUUGUUUACAUGCAUUGUGCAUUUCUUGAUCAAAAAAUAAUAAUAAAA